AUGAAAGAUGCAGAUAUUUUGGACCAGUAUGAAAUGAACAUGGCUGAUGGAAAUAUAACACCUGACGUUCUAGAACAUUUAUCUCAAAGAACUACACAGAACCAUAGAGAUGGUAUAUUUGGUGAAGAGUUUAGAAAGAAAGUUAGGGAGAGAGAAGGAAGAGAACCUAUUGUACAUGACCUUGCAAACGAAAGUUUGCAAAAUGUCAUAAAAACUUACUUUGCAGACAAUGAACUGAGAAGGGAUGAAUAUUUAAGAAAACUCAAAUGGACAGUACCAAAUGAAAUGUUAGUAUUGAAAAACAUGUUCCAUGACAAAAUAAAACCAACUACAGAAAUAAAUGACGCAAGACUGAAACGUUGGGUAAAAGCUUUCCCAUUCACAAAAGAUAUUAUUGGUAACAUGGAAAGAAAACCAGAAUGGCUACAAAAACAUAUAUUUGGAAACGAGCUUAUUCCAUAUGGACAAGCUCUGUUUGAAGAGCUUGAACCGGAAACUCAGGAAAGAGUCAUGCAAACAAUACGCGAAGACUCAAAUACAAACUAUGACAAAAUCUUUCUAGGAUAUAGGUUACCUGAGAUGGGCGACCAGAGCCCAAAGGCAAAAAGGACAUAG